CGAUCAUGCACAAAUCUGCCCGCGACUUGGGGGCGACGCGCAGUGGCGCCGCGAGCGAUGGCCAAUCACGAAUACAUACACCCCCGAUUACGCGAUCAGCGGUGGUGAGCGAUCUGGAGCCUCCGUAGUUCUGGUUUCGCGAGGGCCGAAGAAACAAGGCCGAGAGCGGGUGCAGAUUUUGACAGUUGACAUCUUCGCCGGUGCUCCUGACCACGUCCCCCCCCCCCGACGCACGUAUGUCCGUAUGAUGACGUAAGCCGGCACCGGCGUUGUACUCCAAACACGCGCUGCGCGCCCGAUUGAAUCCGUUUGAAAGGAUGACACCGUGCUAAUUCCACCGAUUCACCAUCGUAUACAUACGUGAAGGAGCGAACGACGCAAGGACCGGUGGUUACGCAGGCAUGGGUGAUGCUCUCGCUGCUGUCACUUCUUGAAAAGCGUAAACGGAUCAUUCUCCGUCGCUCCAGAAACAUCGCCAUGGCCUCCGCCACGGAGCAGCAGCAGCAGCAGCAACAGCAGCAGCAGCAGCAGCAGCAACAGACGACGCUGGAGUUCUACCAGGCGAUGGCCGAUUUUAAGAACAUGUUUCCGCAAAUGGACGACGACGUGAUAGAGGCUGUGCUGAGAUCCAAUCAGGGAGCCGUGGACACCACGAUCGACCAACUGCUCACCAUGAGCACCGACAACGAGAACGAGAAGAUCAGGAGCGAGCUGGAGCAGAAGGAGGAGCUACCGAGCACGACGGCGAAGUCGCCCAGGAGAGACCUUAGCAAAUCGUUAAAAAGCAGCGUUCAAAAGUGGCAGCCUCCGCUACUGGGACCGUUGCCGGACACCUUUCUGAGGCUGCCCCAGCAUGCGUCCGACGACGGCAUCGACCCGGCGUAUUCGCAGGAGAACUCCAUGCUGGAGGACGAGAGGAUCGCUAUGUUUCUGCAGAACGAGGAGUUCAUGGCGGAGCUCCGUUGGAACGAGGACUUCCUGUCCACGUUGGAGAACGACUCGAAGCUGGAGAAGAGCGGCAGCCAGACCGGUCACGACGACGAGGAUCUGUUCAAAGAAAGACUGAAAAAUAUGGGCAAACUAUCCCGACGUAAAUUCGCGCAACUUACGAAGGUGUUCACUCGCAGCAAGAAACGCGGCGGCAGGCAGUUGUUACCACCGACGGCUUCUUGCGACGAUCUCCUGGACCCGGAAGAAUCAUCCAAGCCACAAUCCUAAGGAGAGAUCUGUACACCCGAUCCCGCUGGAAUAUUUGCCCUUGGUCUCUGCCGUCGUCGUGAGGACGGCAAAAUUCAACGGCGUUUGCAGCUUGAUGUAAUUUAGAUGUCGUACGUCGCGGAAAAGAAGCAUAUCUAUAUGCCGAGAAUUUACGAGAGACGAGAUAACUAACGUCAGGGUCGUGUAUGAUAUAAGUUAAUUAGCGAUUCAGGUUUCUAGCUCACACUUGACGGCUGGCAAUUAGCUGCGGAGAUAAUGGAAUUGCAAGGUUAGUGAGGAAAAACGGAAAGACUCACCGGGAACGAAGUGAGUAUCGAGUAUAAAACGCUUGAGGGGAAAACACGAUAAAAAAAAAAAUUAUCAAAAAAUCCGUAUCUCGGUAAUUAUACAGAUAUACGUAGGGAUUAAUUAAUCUUAAAGCAUUAAUCAAUCUUAGUGCGUUAAUUAAUCUUAAUGUAUUUUCUAGUAAGGAUGCAGACAGAUCUGUUUCUGGUAAAAAUUCAGUGUGAUAUUUUACGAUGUUAUAAACGUAAAUUUUAUUUUAUUAGAUUUUAUAUUUUGUUGUGACGUACGUUGCUCGCGAUUAUUAUUGCGUAUUAUUGCGUAUAAUCGUUCGAAGACUGACACAAGAAAGUUUCGCAGAAAUCUAUCGAGCGGCAGUCUCGGUAGAGUUUUAUCAUUGAAAAAAAAAAAAAAAGAUAAAUUCAAAUUAAGAACGAAUCGUCAUCGUUUCGCUUAAGCGUGGCGAUUAAAACAGAUAAAAUUUUUAUUGUACGCAAAGUACGCGACGCGCGUUUGCUUUCUAGCAUAUACGGCUACGAAAGUAAUUUAUGUUGUGUAUAUAUAUAUAUAUAUGUCUAUGUGCAUCGUACGCCGAUAGUGCGUUAAUAAUGUUAAUUAGGCACAAUAGUUUGUUGAAAAUUUUAAAAAAGCGCAACAUCGAUUCGGAUUGGGAAGAAAAUGUGAAAAUCCGAUUCUCUUUUGAAAAUUUGAUUCUCGAGAAGACGGAGAUCUGGCCCGGCGAGAUAAAUAAUUGAUUCGUCGAAGAAAAAAAAAUGGAUGAAGGCUUACGUUAUAUUCAUACGAAAUUUGCAUUAUUGUAGAUAAUUUUUCAAUGUCUCAUUGAAGCGUUCGCUAUUAGUUCGGUGUUGCGAUGAGUGAGUCAAAUUCAAAAUUUGAGACAUUACACAUUUGUUAAGACGCCUUCAUGCAUUUAUCCUUUCGAUUCUACUUGCGACCGCGAGUGGCAAUUGCACCUCUUUUAGACAUAAAAACCUAGUCAUUCUGUCUAGCCAUUAUUUAUUGAACAGAGCUCUGAUAUUGUAACGAUAUUGUGAAUGUAGAAAAUAUUUAUAAAAAAACCGAUCGUAGACAGUCUUAAGUAAUUUACAACAUGCUAUGACGACAAACACGUUAUGAGAAUAAAUCGGAAGAGAUGCUG